AUGGAGAGACAAGCUCUCAAUGUCUUCAGGAUGCGGCUGCUCGGAGCUGAGGUUAGGCCAGUUCAUUCUGGCACUGCCACGCUGAAAGAUGCUACUUCAGAAGCUAUAAGGGAUUGGGUGACUAAUGUGGAAUCAACUCAUUACAUCCUGGGUUCCGUUGCAGGGCCACAUCCAUAUCCAGUGAUGGUGAGAGAGUUUCAUGCAGUGAUUGGUAAAGAAACCAGGAAGCAGGCAUUGGAGAAAUGGGGUGGGAAACCAGAUGUGCUUGUUGCAUGCGUUGGUGGAGGUUCAAAUGCCAUGGGCCUCUUUGAUGACUUUGUCGAUGACAAAGAUGUUAGGUUAAUUGGUGUGGAGGCUGCUGGUUUUGGAAUAGAGAGUGGUAAACAUGCUGCCACUUUAACCAAGGGUGAGGUUGGAGUGUUGCAUGGAGCCAUGAGCUAUUUGUUGCAGGAUGAAGAUGGGCAGAUAAUUGAGCCUCAUUCGAUUAGUGCUGGCCUGGAUUAUCCUGGAGUUGGACCUGAACACAGCUUUUUGAAGGACAUAGGACGUGCUGAAUAUUUCAGCGUUACUGAUGAGGAGGCGUUGGAAGCUUUUAAGAGACUAUCGCGGUUGGAGGGCAUCAUCCCUGCACUUGAGACAUCUCAUGCUGUGGCAUAUUUAGAGAAAUUGUGCCCAACUCUUCCUGAUGGAGCUAAGGUUGUACUUAACUGCAGUGGCAGAGGAGAUAAGGAUGUUCAGACAGCCAUUAAACAUCUAAAACUCUGAAGAAAAACUUUGAUUGAAAAAUAGAUGUGCCAUCAGUGGUAGUGUUGAGCAAUUAGUUCAACUUCCAAGGGAACAUUCUUUUUGUUCUAUGGAUGAGUGGUCGUACCUUGAGCAGAACUUUUUUGUUAUUAUACAUCAGAAACUUGGUUCUGGAGAUGUUGUUGUAGAUUUUGUACCGUUAUUGACUGAUACAUUCAUAAUGCAAUUAAGUUUCUUGAGAAAUAUAAUUCACUUUCAA